AUGGCUGCCCCUCCCACGACGGGCCCUCCCACGACGGGCCCUCCCACGGCGGGCCCUCCUAUGGCCGGCCCUCCCAUGGAUCCGGCGUUGUCCGCCGAGGACACCGCAUGGGUGGUGAUUACCGUAUCCGCGAUUACGAUGACGAUGGCGAUGCUGACGCUGGGCGCGCGAGUCUAUACGCGAGCGGUCAUUGUGAAGCAGUUUGGCGCCGAUGACUACGGUGCCGUGGCGGCGGGUGUGUCGCUCCUCUUGUGUGGCAUCUUUGUGUGCUUGAACACCAAAAACGGCCUCGGCAAGCACAUGUGGACACUCUCGCCUCCAGAAAUCGUCGAGUACUUUCGGUACUUUUUCCUGUCCCUUGUCUGGUACAACGUGACGCUCGUCGUCGUCAAGCUCUCCUUCCUCGCCCAGUACUACCGCGUCUUUUCCAUCCCCAGCAUCCGCCGCAUCAUCAUCGGCUUCAUGUUUGUCGUGGGCGCCUGGAGCCUGUCGCAGGUCUUCAUCACCAUCUGGGGCUGCUCGCCCGUGGCCAAGUUCUGGGACCAGGCGCUGCCGGGCCGCUGCCUGGCCCUCUUCCCGCAGAUGUACAUCAACGCCGCCGGCAACAUUGCCAGCGACGUGGCCAUCUUCUGCCUGCCCAUCCCCAUCCUCAAGAGCCUCAACCUCCGCCGCCAGCAAAAGGUGCUGGUCAUGGCCAUCUUCGGCCUCGGCUUCUUCACCUGCGCCAUCUCCGUCGUCCGCAUCAAGUACCUCCAGCAGGCCGUCGACCUCAGCUGGCAGAACGUCGCCGCCUCCUGCUGGUCCGUCGGCGAGCUGUCCUCGGCCGUCACCUGCCUCUGCCUGCCCACGCUCAAGCCGCUCGUCCAGCAGGUGCUCCCGCACCUCGUGGGCGGCUCGUCGUCCGGCAAGUCGUCUGGCCACAGCGGCCACUCCGGCCACGCCGGCCCCGGCAGCGGCAGCGCAGGCGCCGUCCACGGCCACUCGUCCCGCGGCUACCGCAAGCACAGCGAGGGCGGCGGCAGCAGCAUCACGGCGUCGCAGACCACCGACAGCCAGGAGGCCGUCCGGACCAGCCGCCGCGUGAGCCGGUCGGGCGCCGCCGCCCUGGCGACGGCCAUGACGACCGAGAGCCAGGAUGAGCUGUACCGCGUCGACGACAUGGAGCUGAGCAUCAGCAGCAGCCACGGCAGCUUCGGUCCCGAAGGAAAGGGGAGCCACGACGUCGAGGCAGCCGCAGGCCUCCACCAGCAUCACGGCAUCGACGCCGACCACACCGCCGACACGGCGCCAACGACGCCCGUGUCCGACCGCCGCGACACCCUGCUCGGCCUGUGGACGACGGUGCGCACAGACAUUGGGGCCACCCCGAGCCAGGUCCCGGUCCCCUUGUUCGGCGACAGCCGCGGGACGCACCAGCAGAUCCAGGUCACGCGGGACGUCACGACACGGUCGAUGCCACGCCGGCUGUGA